CAGAAUGAAGACCAACGACCUGGCAGCAGCCCCCGGGGAUGCUCUGGGCAUGGCCUCAGGACCCCCACAGCAGAACAGCCAGAAGGCAGAGGAGAACCCCAGCUUCCUGGACGCACUCCUCCGCGACUUCCCAGCCCUGCUGGGCCCGGAGAGCCUGUUGCCAUGGAAGGUCCGAGGGACAAUGCUGAUCCAGGAGGAGGUGAAAGGCGAGCUAGCUGAGCUGGCCAUGAGCUAGCUGAGCUGGCCAUGGGCUUCCUGAGCAGCAGGAGCGCUCGGCCGCCACUUGCUGCCUGCCUGGCUGCUGCGGACGGACCUUUCUGAGUUGCGGAAGUUGCCGGAGCAGGUGGAGGAGGAUCGCGAUGAGGAGGAGGAGGCCCCUGUGAGCCUGCUGGACGCUGCGGGCCUGGUGCGGAGCCUCUUUGACCGGCUCUGGGAAGUGUGCAGCCAGUGGCAGAAGCAGGUGCCCGUGGCUGCCUGGGUCCCGCAGCGGCAGUGGCUCGUCUCCGUGCAUGCCAUCCGUAAUGCGCGCCUCAGGAUGGAGGACAAGCACGUGUGCCUCCCAGCCUUCAACCUGCUCUUUGGCCUAUCAGACUCUGCGGACCGCGCCUACUUUGCCGUGUUCGAUGGGCACGGAGGGGUGGACGCCGCGGGGUACGCGUCUGUGCACAUGCACGCUGUUGCUGCCCACCAGCCGGAGAUGCCCACUGACCCUGCGGGGGCCCUGCGAGCAGCCUUCCGCUGCACCGAUGAUAUGUUCCUCUGGAAAGCCCGGCGAGAGUACAGAUAAAAGCUACGUUUACACUGUACCCUCAUCUAUAAGCGUGCAGCAGAAUUACGUCGAAAACAACACACGUACGGUAAAAAACACCUUAUUGCUAAAAACUGCUAGCCGUCAUCUGAGCCUUCCAGUCGUGAUCUUUUUGCAGUAGGAACAUCAAAGAUGACUGCUCACAGAUCAUCACGACAGAGAAUAAUAAUAAUGAAAAAGUUUGAAAUAUCGCAGGAGUUACCAAAAUGCGGCACAGAGACAGGAAGUGAGCAAAUGCUGUUGGAAAAAUGGUGCCAAUAAACUUGCUCGGCGCAGGGUUGCCACAAACCUUCAGUUUGUGAAAAACGCACCAUCUGCGAAGGGCAAUAACGCGAAGCAGCAAU